AUGAAUGCUUUCGUUUUCAUUCUUCUCACUUUUGUGUUGAGCUUCCACAUUCAUCUUGCUCAAAGAAGUGAACUGCCACCAACCACAAGCAGUUCAAAAACAUAUAUUGUUCAUGUGAAAGGGCCACGGGAUAGGGCACUUGCUCAAUUAGAUGAUCUAGAGAGCUGGUAUAAUUCAUUUAUGCCACCUACUGUUAUGAGCUCCGAGGAACAACCACGAAUAAUUUAUUCAUAUCGGCACGUGAUAAGUGGUUUCUCUGCAAGACUCACCGAACAGGAGCUGAGAGAAGUGGAAAAGAAGAAUGGGUUUAUCUGUGCUCGCCCCGAAAGGAUGCUACAUCCUCAAACCACACACACCCCGCAAGUUUUGGGGUUGCAGCAGCAAACGGGAGUGUGGAAAGAAUCGAACUUUGGAAAGGGAGUAAUUGUUGGGGUGCUGGAUUCUGGAAUCACGCCUGAACAUCCUUCAUUCAAUGAUGCAGGAAUGCCACCACCGCCACCCAGAUGGAGAGGAAGAUGUGAGUUGAAUGCUACAACUUGUAACAAGAAACUAAUUGGAGCAAGGUCUUUCAUCCGAGCGUUGGAGGCAAGGGAAGGAACAGAGGCACCGAUUGAUGACGAUGGACAUGGGACUCACACUGCAAGCACAGCAGCUGGUGCUUUUGUUGAUUAUGCAGAAGUACUAGGAAAUGCCAAAGGCACUGCAUCAGGGAUUGCCCCUUAUGCUCACGUGGCAGUUUACAAAGUGUGCGUCGGAGGAGACUGCUUAGAGAGUGAUAUACUGGCCGCAUUGGAUGCAGCUGUGGAAGAUGGCGUGGAUGUAUUAUCACUAUCCCUUGGCCCAUCUGAGUCACCUCCAUUUUUCGAUGAUGGCACUGCAAUAGGCACGUUUGCAGCAAUGCAGAAGGGAAUCUUUGUAAGUUGUGCAGCAGGGAACUCUGGUCCCUUUCAUGGCUCCGUAGUUAAUGGAGCGCCUUGGAUUCUCACAGUUGGAGCAAGCACUGUUGACAGAAGCAUUGUAGCAACAGCAAAGCUUGGAAACGGGCAAGAAUUUGACGGCGAAUCUGUUUUCCAGCCUUCCAGUUUUAGUCCAACACUGCUACCGUUAGCAUAUGCUGGAAAUAAUGGCGGACAUGAAGCUGCAUUUUGUGGUAAUGGAUCCCUGAACGAUGUUGAUUUCAGCGGCAAGAUUGUUUUGUGUAUGAGAGGAGGGGAUGCAGGAAGAAUUGCCCAAGGGAAGGAAGUGAAGAGAGUUGGUGGUGCAGCCAUGAUUAUCAUGAACGACGAAAGCAGUGGCUUCAGUGUGUUUGCUGAUGCACAUGUUCUACCUGCAACACAUGUAAGCUAUGAAGCUGGAGUUAAGAUUAAAGGGUAUAUGGAUUCCACUGCAACACCUACAGCUACCAUUUUAUUCAAGGGAACCGUAAUAGGAAACUCCGUAUCACCGGCCGUUUCAUCCUUUUCCUCAAGAGGUCCCAACCUUCCGAGUCCUGGGAUUGUGAAACCAGACAUCAUAGGACCAGGCGCUAACAUCCUAGCCGCCUGGCCAUUCUCCCUUAACAACAGUACUGAUUCAAAAUCCACUUUCAACAUCGCUUCCGGCACAUCAAUGUCAUGCCCUCAUCUUAGUGGCGUAGCCGCUUUGCUAAAAAGCUCUCAUCCUCAGUGGUCACCGGCUGCCAUAAAAUCUGCCAUAAUGACUUCUGCAGACAUAAUGAAUUCUGAAAACAAACUCAUUGUUGACGAAACACUUCAACCUGCAGAUAUCUUUGCCACGGGUUCUGGCCACGUGAAUCCAUCAAAAGCAAAUGAUCCCGGGCUGGUUUAUGAUAUCACGCCAGAUGAUUAUAUACCUUAUCUGUGUGGUUUAGGCUACAGCGAUACGGAGGUUGCGAUCAUUGCACAUAAAACAAUUCAGUGCUCUGAGAUUUCAAGCAUUCCCGAGGGAGAGCUCAACUAUCCCUCAUUUUCUGUGGUGCUUGGUUCCCCACAAACAUUCACAAGGACUGUAACAAACGUAGGUGACGCCAACUCGUCUUAUGAUGUCCAGGUUACUGCGCCAGAAGGGGUGAAUGUGAAGGUGGAGCCAAAUAAACUGAAUUUUUCAGAAGCAAAUCAGAAAGAGACAUAUUCAGUGUCGUUCAGCCGUACAGAGUCGGGUAAUGAAACUGAGGAUUUUGCUCAAGGGUUUUUACAGUGGGUCUCUGCCAAACACACUGUAAGGAGUCCGAUCUUAGUCAUCUUUGUGUAA